AUUUGAAUUUGAAUUAAAUUUAGUGGCCGAGACUUAGUAUUCGAAAUCACAAUCUGACAACUGGAAAUAUAGUAAAUGUAAUCUGUUAUAAGAUACAAUAACAAUGACGAAGCCACUUCAAGUCAAUAAAAAUCGCUGCAUUAUUGGCAACUAUGGACUAAUGAGAAAGAUUUCUGUAUUGAGAAUUGCUGAGCAAAUCCAUAGUCAAAGGAAAAAUUCAGUGGUAAACACGCCUAUCAAAGAUUUAUACGAGUUCCAUGAUUUCAAUAUCGACUGCGAAACCAUUCCUCAAAAUAAUUUCAAUAUUGAUUAUGAAUGUGAAAUAACCCCAAGGAUGAACAUGGAAUUUCCGCUGUGGACUAAUUUAUCCACCGAAAUAAAGAAGACUCCAUUCAAAAAAAGAUCAUUGCGUAAACUCCUGGACAAUGAAUGUGUCAAUCAAAUUUCCCCGCAGCAGUUGAAAGAUCGAUUAAGCUCUCCACACGCAAUCAAGCCAGAGAAUCGAGGCAGAAUAAUUAAGGCAAAGGAACUAUGCGAUCCAUCCUAUAAAAUUCGAGAGAAGUUAAACGCCAAAUUAAUUCUCCGUAACAACAAUCGUCCCAAAAAGAAACAACAUGAAUGUAGUCCAUCAUUCAUCUCCAAUCUUCAGAUUGUGCCCAUUGAAGAUCUGUUGCCACAGUUGGCUCUUUGUCUGCCACAUCCACGAUUUGUGAAACGCAUUGAAUUCGAUUCGCGUCUUUUUGAAAUCAACUUUAUGGCAAACUCAACUCAGAAACUUCGACGAUUCCAACAGAUAUUGCAUUCAUUUUAUUUCGUUGUUUUCAUUGGUUUCACAUACAUCAUUCUUGCCACAACCAGCGAGAUAAUUCAGUACGUUGACAACCGGUUGCGAUCCGUCACAUCGUAUUUCUUUUCCCUACCAUAAGCCAAUGUUCUCAUAUAGUUUGAUAGAUGACACUUUAUCUCUUACACAAAUCUUUACAAUUAGUAAUACCAUUAAAAUAAAUAAA